AUGGAGAAUGAGAUAAAAAAGAGCGAGAGAACCAAGAAGGAGAGAGAUGGGGAUGUGAGAGAAAGAAAGGGUGGAAAAGAGAAUGAGGAUGACAAAGAGAAGGAGAGAGAGAGAGAGAAAGAGGAGAGAGAAAGAGGAAGGCAGUGGAGGGAGAGAGAGAAGAGU